UCUCCAAUAUUUACCGCCCGCCAUCAUGGAAGUACAACUGUACGAUUCUACGUAUUGUAGGUUAUGUGCUGAAAAUAAUUCCAGUGGAGUUUUUUUAUAUUCUUCCGAAGAUUCAGAGCCAGAUUUAAGUACCCUUAUAAAUAAGUACCUUCCACUUAAGGUUUGUGAUGAUGGCAAGCUUCCGAGGACGAUAUGCCCCGGGUGUAACAUACAGUUGCAGGCCACUGUUCAGUUUUUUGAUCUUUUGGUGGAAGGGCAGAAAAAGAUUCGCGAGUUGUGGAAGCAACAGGUAGAACAUCAGAAACAAAUUGAGAAAGCUGGAUUGGGAGCUACAGAAAUUUUGCUUACAUCUGCAUCUCUUGAGGACCCGAAUGCAGCAAGUUAUGAUGGAGAAAACAGGGUCGUUAUACAGAUCAUGGCAGAUGGAACAGGAGCAUUGUUUCGUGCAGAACAUGAAAUCAGCCUCAAAAUGGAAGGUUUGGAUAGGCCGAGGCCCAAAAAAGGUCGUCCUAAGAAAAGUGAAGCAAAAGCAAAGGAAAAAGAAAUAGUUAAAGAAAAGUCCCCAGAGCCAGAAGAGGAAUCAAAAGAUGAUGAAGGAGAUUUGGAUGGCAGGCGGCGUAGGAAAAGAAAAGUUCCUAAGAGGUUUACUGAAGUGAUUCGUGGUAAAGAAUUGGAAAGAAUGUUUAGAGAAGAAGGAGUUAUAGAUGAAGAUGACCAGGAUGAAGGAAGUGAAGAAUCUGAAGAGAAAAUAAAAGCUGACAGUGAUGCUGUUGAAGGAGCUGAAAUUAUAGGUCAUCUCGAAACACCUGAAGGUCAGGAUCUCGGUGAGCUCGUAAUUGUAAACAAAGCAAAAGGAAAAGGCCGUCCAAGAGGCAAACGCCGUAAAAGUCGUUUCCAGUGUGAGAUAUGUGGCCGAUCAUUUCUCCAUCGGCGGCGUUAUUUCUUACACAAGAGCUUUCAUAAAGGUGUUAAAUACGAAUGUACUGAAUGCCAAAAACGCUUUAGCUGUAAAGAAUACAUAGAAUUACAUCAGAAGCAAACUGGACAUACUGGAGAAGGCAUUGUUGAGGGGCUAGAAGAUGGGGAGAAUGAAGAACACCCUGAACUUAAAUUAGAGACCAAGUUUACUUGCGAGCAUUGUGACAAGGCGUUUAUGACAAAACAUAGCUAUGAGAUGCACAUUAAGGCAAUACACGAGGGCAUUAAACCAUACGUGUGCGAAGUAUGUGGGAAAACAUUUGCAUAUGCAAAUAGCAUCAAGACCCAUAUGGCAAUACAUGAGGAACCUAAGUCUGACAAAGGAAUUCCAUGUGAGAUCUGUGGCAAAACUUUUAACCACACUAGCUCCUUAAUUUAUCAUAGAGAGGCAGACCACAAUAAUGGUCGUAGGUUUGUCUGUAAUAAAUGUGGGAAAGGCUUCAAACAUAAGCAGCUCCUACAGCGACAUCAGUUAGUCCAUUCUGAUAACAGACCAUUUGCAUGUAAAACUUGUGGUGCAACAUUCAAGGCGAAAGCAAACUUGUUAAAUCAUAUGCCGACACAUACAGGAGAGAAAAAGUACUUCUGUGAGCUGUGUGGUCAUCAGUUCGCGCACAAAACUAGUCUCACAUUACAUUAUAGAUGGCACACAGGUCAAAAGCCUUAUCAGUGCCAUGUAUGCAAUAAAAGUUUCUCACAAAAUGGAAAUUUACAAGAACAUUUGAGAAUACACACAGGAGAAAAACCUUUCUGUUGUGACUUUUGUGGCCGAAAAUUCACAACGUCAUCACAGUUUAAACUCCAUGUAAAAAGACAUACAGGGGAAAGACCAUGGAAAUGUGAGUACUGCAAUAAAUCCUUUCUUCAUAAAGACACAUGGAAGUGUCAUACCAGAAGGCAUAGAGGUGAGAGACCGUUUCAGUGUCAUUACUGUGCUAGAGGCUUCACGGAACAGUGGGCACUGAAGAAACAUUUACGUCUCCACACAGGUGAGAAACCAUAUACGUGCAAUAUUUGUGGGAAAGCUUUUGCUGACUGCUCAAAUCUCACAAAACAUAAAAAGGUACAUAGGGAUCCUAAAGCAGACAAUGCUUCCAGUAGCUCUGCUUCAGUUGACCGAACAGUUUGGAAUAUAAUACGUAAUCACUUGACAAAGGAAGAUGGGCAGGAAGGUGGCAGUGAAGUAACAACCACAGAAGCACAAGGAAACAGUGUUGAGCAAAUCAUAUAUGUUACGUACCAGGAUCCUGAUGACCCAAAUGAAGCAAGAACACUCCAUUUUGUAGAAAAUGUUGAGGCUCCUCCAGAACAGCCAUCUACUGAAGCUAUACUUCAGGAGACUACUUCAAAUACUGCCUCUGUUGAAAAUAAGAUAGAACUGACACCAGAAGCAACAUACCAGAUAGAAUCAGCCCCUCAUGCACUCCAAGUUAUGGAUGAAGAUGGUAAUCCUAUCCAAUUUACAAUGCAGGAUGGAAGAGCAUUGCAGAUUACUACAGUUGAUGGUCAGGCAAUCCAUGUUACUACACCAGAUGGACAAAGCAUUCCCGUGCAGUUAGCAACAUCUGGUACUCAAGUUUUCUCGGGGGAGAUAGCAUCCCAACUUGAUAGUAUUUCAGAAGCAACUUCUGAGCAGUCAGAGGCAAAGCAAGUUGUUGUCACUGCACCUCAGGGUGAGCAGGUCAGUCUUAAUGAACAUGUUCCAGAUGUGGAAGGUGAAAAUAUUAUGGGUGAGCAAACUAUUGAAUUUACUACUCCUGAUGGCCAGAAGCUGAGAUUGGUUGCCUCCUUGGGGCCAUUUACCAGUGAGUUUUAAUAAUUCCAUGUACAUGUCACUAAGAUUGUGUGAAUUGAACAAAUUGUCAAUUUGAGUGGAUCAUGCUUUUAAUUGAAGUAUUUCCAUCUGUAAUUAAAAUCAUGUUGUUAUAAGACUGGAAUGUGUAAAAAAAAAUAAUCUCCUGUAUUUAAAAAAAUGUACAUAUGGAUUUAGCUUGCAACUCUGAUUGCAUUGAUAAACCAGUAUUUGUAAAUUAGAAAGUUGUU